UGGGAUUUUCUUUAAACCGGAGACAGAGGUUUCUCGUGCCCUGAGACUUAUCACGUUUAUACUUGCUUCCCUAGGCUAUCUCCAGUUUCAGGAUGAGGAAAAUGACAAUGAAGCACCUGAACCUGAGAGUAACGGUGAAAGUGACAGUGACGCUGCUGCAGGUGGUUUUGGACACGAAGAGGCUUCUGGCUGGCGUGUGACUCGUCAGGCCCACCGGUCGACCACAUCUCGUCGCUGCCGAGUCGACAAAGAGAACUACGAGCUCCUGAAAACGCUAGACGAUCAGGACGCGGUAGCCAGCAUGCAUCCUUUUGAAUGUCCAGUUUGCCUACAAGACUACCAGGCCGGUGAAGGCCUCGUCCUCAAAGGCUGUCUGCACGUAUUUUGUAGGGACUGCCUCAAAAAUACGGUAGAGCACUCGACGGACGCCUCGAUCAAGUGCCCGUUCCAGGAUGACCAGUACAGCUGCGAAAGCAUUAUUACUCAGCGAGAGAUCAGGACCUUGGUGCCGGAAAGAGUAUUUGACCAAUACUUGGAGCGCUCUGUGAGGCAGGCGGAAAGCGGUAUGGACAAUACGUUUCACUGUAAGACACUGGACUGCACUGGUUGGUGUCAGUUUGAGCCUGGAGUCAAUCAAUUCUUCUGUCCCGUGUGUAAUCGUGAAAAUUGUCUUCAAUGUCAGGUGAUUCACGAACCGGAGGACUGUGCGGGGUACCAGGAGCGCAUUCGUCAGGCGGCCGCCACGGACGCCGAGGCUCGUGCUACCCGAGACGCUCUGGACGCAUUGCUGGCGGCGGGCGAGGCGAUGCGAUGCCCGGGCUGUACUGUGGUCAUCAUGAAGAGGAGCGGCUGCGAUGCACUCGUUUGCGCGCAGUGCAAGCUCGAGAUAUGCUGGGCCACUAAACAGGCGAGGUGGGGCCCAAACGGUCGGGGUGACACUUCAGGAGGAUGUCGGUGCAAUGUGAACAACCGCCGUUGCCAUCCCAAAUGCAGUAACUGCCACUAAAGACUGCGUUGUGACGACUUCAUUCAGUAAUAUGGGGCACCUGGAAAAAUCUUGUUCUUAACAAAUGUCAUAUACCACUAUUAGAACUGUUAAAAGAACAUAACUAUUUUCAAGAUGUAAGUAGCUUAAAACAAUAAACAAGGAAAACUA